AUGAGCGGCACCCUUGCUUCGCAGGGCGGCAUUUCGGAUCCCGCCCUGAUCCAACUUGUCAAUAAGCUUCAGGAUGUUUUCGCGACUGUCGGUGUCAACAACCCUAUCGACUUGCCUCAGAUCGCCGUGGUGGGAAGUCAGUCAAGUGGAAAGAGUUCAGUUUUGGAGAAUAUUGUCGGUCGAGACUUCCUGCCCCGAGGCUCUGGUAUUGUAACCCGACGUCCCCUCGUUCUUCAACUCAUCAACCGCGCGCCCCAGAGCAAUGGAGUCAAGGCCGAGGAGGUUGAUACCACCAACGAUAAGCAGGCCAAUGCCGAUGAGUGGGGAGAGUUCCUUCAUGCCCCUGGACAGAAGUUCUACGACUUCUCCAAGAUUCGAGACGAGAUCGAGAGAGAGACAGAAGCCAAGGUUGGACGAAAUGCCGGCAUCUCCCCCGCUCCCAUCAACCUUCGUAUCUACUCGCCCAACGUCCUCACUCUGACCCUGGUCGAUUUGCCCGGCCUUACCAAGGUCCCAGUCGGAGACCAGCCCCGCGAUAUCGAACGACAGAUCAGGGAGAUGGUUCUUAAACAUAUUGGCAAGUCCAACGCCAUCAUACUUGCAGUCACUGCCGCCAACCAGGAUUUGGCCAACUCGGACGGUCUCAAGCUGGCACGAGAGGUUGACCCUGAAGGUCAGAGGACGAUCGGAGUCUUGACCAAGGUUGAUCUGAUGGAUGAGGGAACCGAUGUCAUCGAUAUUCUGUCGAACCGUGUCAUUCCUCUUCGGCUGGGCUACGUCCCCGUUGUGAAUCGAGGCCAACGAGAUAUUGAUAACCGAAAGGCCAUCAACCAGGCGCUCGAGGCUGAGAAGAACUUUUUCGAAAACCAUAAGGCUUACCGAAACAAGAGCUCAUACUGUGGAACUCCUUAUCUCGCGCGCAAACUUAAUCUCAUUCUCAUGAUGCACAUCAAACAGACCCUGCCUGACAUCAAGGCCCGCAUCAGCAGUUCGCUUCAAAAGUACUCGGCUGAGCUGGAAAGCCUCGGCCCUUCUAUGCUCGGCAAUAGCGCCAACAUCGUUCUGAAUAUUAUCACCGAGUUCACCAAUGAGUGGCGCACAGUUCUGGAUGGUAACAACACUGAGCUGUCCAGCACUGAGCUUUCGGGAGGUGCUCGUAUCAGCUUUGUCUUCCACGAGCUUUACUCGAAUGGUGUCAAGGCCAUUGACCCAUUUGAUGUUGUCAAGGAUGUCGACAUCCGUACCAUCCUCUAUAACUCUUCUGGAUCUUCUCCAGCGCUCUUUGUUGGUACUACCGCCUUCGAAUUGAUUGUGAAACAGCAGAUCAAGCGACUGGAAGAUCCCAGCUUGAAGUGUGUUUCUCUAGUAUACGAUGAACUUGUUCGAAUUUUGUCACAGCUUCUUGCCAAGCAGCUUUACCGCCGAUACCCUCAACUGAAGGAAAAGAUGCAUGGCGUAGUAAUUGCUUUUUUCAAGAAGGCUAUGGAACCUACCAACAAGCUUGUCAGAGAUUUGGUUGCUAUGGAGUCAUGCUAUGUCAACACAGGCCACCCCGACUUUUUGAACGGUCACCGAGCAAUGGCAAUGGUGAAUGAGCGAUACAACCCCAGCAAGCCUGUUCAGGUUGACCCCAAGACUGGCAAGCCACUUGCAUCAACCCCCCGGGCUGCCAGCCCAACAGUCCCCGAUGCCGAUAGCGCCGGUAACUCGGGCUUUUUUGGUAGCUUCUUCGCGGCCAAGAACAAGAAAAAGGCCGCCGCUAUGGAAGCUCCUCCACCCACUCUCAAGGCUUCUGGUACCCUGUCAGAACGCGAGAACAUCGAGGUUGAGGUUAUCAAGCUUCUCAUCUCCUCUUACUAUAAUAUUGUCAAGCGAACCAUGAUUGACAUGGUCCCCAAGGCUGUCAUGCUGAAUCUUGUGCAGUUUACCAAGGACGAAAUGCAACGAGAGCUCUUGGAGAACAUGUACCGAACCGACACAUUGGAUGACCUUCUGAAAGAGAGUGACUUCACAAUCCGACGGAGAAAAGAGUGCCAGCAGAUGGUUGAGUCUCUCUCGAAGGCUAGUGAGAUCGUCAGUCAAGUGCAGUGA